AUGUUUUUAUCUACAAUUCUAUUUAUUGUACUACCACUGCUGCUGUAUGCUAUUUACGAAUUAUUGGGCCGUAAAUUGACAAUUGGUGAAAUUGACAGGAAAGCGGUAUUGAUCGCUGGAUAUGGAAGCCGUGAGGAUUUUUGUGGUACAGAGAAUGAUCCAGAACAUUGGCUGGGAUUUUUGAGAAUGAUGAAUCAUCGAACAACAACUACUAAAAGUAAUUAUGAAAAGCAAGCAUACAUACCUAUCUUAAAAUUGUAUAUGGAAUAG